GAUGUUUGGACUGACGGCACCCAUUCACUGCAAAGGAUCCAUUGGUGAGCAAGUGAUGUAAUACAACAUUUCUCCAAAUCUGUUUUGAUGAAGAAACAAACUCAUAGUUAAAAUUUUCACCAAAUUGUCCACCAAAUUUUCAUUUUUGCCUGUAUUGUAGAGAGUUCUGAAUCCAAACAAGCCCAAAUGUUUUGGGUUUGUAACGCAAAUAAGGCUUUACACAAACAUUUAAAUCAGUCUAGCUGGAAUGAAGAGCUUUUGGUGGGACCUACAUUUAGAAAUGGCACUUCUCCACUAAUGACUCCACUAAAGUCACUAAGUCAAGUUCAGUCACCAUGUUCAGGAAGAGAACGAACAUUUGCAACGACAACAUAAUUACGGCCGUUCCGUAAUGUAAUGAUAUAUUGUGGGAUUCCAAUGAAAACAGGAUGACAGUCUUACUACCUCCAACGAUGGCUCGAUUUCCACUUUAACAACUCACUAAAUCCACACAGCUUCGGAAUAAUUAUCAUAAAACCCGGUUUUCAUCUGCCUCUAUAAAGCAAGCACAGGUUGUUUUCCUUAUCCUGAAGAAAGCCGUCGAUGGUAAACCAACAGCGUUUCAUGAUCAGAAGCGCAUCCCGCCUAACGUCUCGCUCUCUUUGCUUAAAAUGAUAAAUUUUAACAACAUGCUUUACACCCUUGUUACUUUUUAUUGUAUAUUUAUGUUUUAGUAAAUCAACUCAAACUGGAAAUAAACCAAGCUGUUGUUGGUAAUUAUUCACUUGUUGUUGAUUUUGUUUUGGUCCUUUAUUUUCACCCUUUUACGGUGGGCCGUAUUUCAUUUAAAUUUCCAUCUCUCCCCCCACUUUCAGUCAAUGGGCUGCUUUGCCUGUUUUAAUAUUCAAUGUCCCUCAUGUUCAAUUUGCAUCAGACGUCCUAGUGUUCCAUUUCCCAGAAUCAUCUCUCUCCAACAUAAAUUGGGUGCAUGUUGCAGUGGAAUGACAACACUAGGGUCUUAAUGGAGAUGUCUAUUAGCUGUAUAUUCAAUCUUUUUACCAAACAAAUGCAAUAUCAAAACCGAGCAAACCCACAGCAACGCCACAGUUAUGAGGGAGGGCGAUGACGCGCCAUAGCAAAUCCUGUUUCAUGUUCAUUUUAGGAAGGUCAAUUUAAAGACUUCGGCUUGCCAGAAUAAGGAGGAUUUCAAUUGCGUCGGCUAGUCAGUCAACUCUACGUGUUUCAUUCUGGCUGUUUCUCUUCUUCCGAGGCCUUUUCGUCAUUCACUGUAUGUGUCCGGUAUAGUUAUAGCAGGGCAUUGUAUUAUUUAUCUGCUGGGUUGGUUAAAGGCAGAGUCCCCAGAGUGGCCUGGCAUUUGGGAAUCCUCAUUAACAUUUGCAACAUGUGGUUCAGCAGGGUUUCUGGUGAGAGUGCAGUCCGCUCCGUGCUCUUAAAUAUCUCAGCCGCUCGCCAGGGAUAAAGCUGGUAUUUACUGCUUACCUACAGCUAUACGAGAUGAAGAACAUUGGGGUGGUAGUCGCUCAUAUUUUUAGUUUCAAUGUUGGUCAAAAGAAAGAGAUGUAAUUGGAUAGUUCAUACAAAUAUGAAAACCCUGUCAUUAUUUACUUACCCUUAUGUCAUUCCAACUUAACCUUAUGUCAUUCCUUCAAACGACUUUCCUAAAAUAGUGGGCUGUUUGCACUUUUUCAUGCAAGCGUUAUUGUUAAAGCUUUAAAAUGACUCCAAAGCACCAUAAAAUAUAAUAAAUGGAACCGUUUUAAAAACACUAUAAAGUCUAAUUCAAAUUGAACACGAGGCUCAUUAUUUAGUUAACCUUAUGUUAUUCCAACACUGUGUUCAUUGUGCAGGAUGCUCUUUUUCGUGCAUAAUUGGAACUCUACAAAAUGGAAAGCUACAAAAUGAUUUAAAACCACUAUAAAAGAAUCAUAAAAUGAGUCAUCCACCUUAUUUAAAAAAUGUUAUUCACUAAAAAUCUUGAUACCAAUCCUAGAUUUCCUUUCAUGAGAAAAGUAAUGACAUCUGUUUUGUGAAAGAAUCAUUAUUUUGAAUCAGUUGAUUGAGUUCGCAGAACCACUCAGAGUGAUUCAUUCACAAAUCUUACCGAUUCAGUUCCUGAAUUGAACUCACUAACUCAGUAAGGUUGGAAGUUAAUACAAGAUGAAUAUUAUAAUUGAAUAACAACUCUUUUCCUCGCAUAAAGUGUGUGAGUCGUACCAUUUUUAUGGUGAUUUAGUAAGCUUGAAUGGCACUAAUUAUAUGGACAAAAAUGGCCUGUACAGGUUUCCUUUGGUGUUUCACAGAAGAAAUAAAGUCAUUCAGAUUUUCAACGGCAUGAGGGUGAGUAAAUUAUGACAGGUUUUUCAUUUUCAGAUGAGCUAAUCCUUCAACAAAAACUCAAAGUACAGCAAACAGUCUGACAGCAAUCUCAAGCACAUGCAAAAGCAAACAUACAUGCCACAUAAAUUCCCAGCCUAGCGAUAUGAGGUGAAACUCCAUACGGAACAGGAACAUUAGCUCUCACAGCUUUCAUAUAUUGACCCAGUAUGAAAAUCAAAUUACAGCAGGCUGUUCAAGGCUUAAUAUUUAUGUCCAGACUCUCUAUUCGGGCUCCCUGUAGGAAGAGUUGAUGAGCUCCAGCUUGUCUGUAAUUGAGAAGUGUUUCCAGGUCAGUGUGUGUGCCACUGUGCUCUGGUGUGUGUGAAAGGGGAUAUUUACUCUGUGAAUGGGGGAUGAAUGGAGUUACAACUCUAUUUACCAAAGCCUGUAUAAGCUGCUCAACUAAUCUGCUUCACAAAGCCAAGUAGAAUCCAAAAGGAUUCAGGCACAGCAUUACAAAGUUAAAUUGUUCUUUUAUGCCGUGCCACUGGCCCUGGCCAUUUUUCUUUCUUUCUCCCCCCCUUUCAACCUGUUCUCAUUCUCUGUUGAAAAGAUGUAGAAGCACAUCCUUCACUUCUUCUUUCAAACGCAUGCAAGGAACUGAUAGAAAGCAUUAUUCUGUCUUCUGAUCUUUAAAACAUGUAUUGCUAAAUCAAUUCAGCCUUAGAUUCUGACAUGGAAUGGCCUCUCUGAUGGAACAUAAAGCUCUUUUGGCUGAAGAACUUUUAUUUCUCUUUUGUUUUGUAUUGUAUUUCAUCUUAUUUAUUUUCACAAUCUGCUAUUAUAUAUAUUUUUUUCAUUCACUGCCAAAGCGGCAUUUUAAUCCAUUGUUAUGAUUAUAUUUUAUUUAUUUUUAUUAUUAUUAUGUUUUGUGCCAAUAACGUCAUUGGGAAUUUCAAGUAUUCUAAGUAAGCAAAUCUAUAAUAUCUGGAUACAUUUAUCCAUUAGCAUUUUCAUUCAUCUUAAUGGCACAUGCUUGGCAGCCAUAAGAAAACCUGGAAGCUUGAAUUGUGCCAUCUUUGCUCAUCAACCAUGAUAGAAAGCAAAACAUUGACCCCUUUAUUCUUACAACUGUAUGUGUCUAUUUAAUGUUAGAAUCUAAACUCUGAAAUCUGUAAUUUGGCUUUUUUAGGUUAGGUCAUCAUUACACCAGUAGGUGGCAUCAAGACCAAACCCGGAAAACAGGUCUCAUCACUUCCGCUUGUCAGAGAACGUGUUAACAGCCAUAUUAAACAAUGGCGAUAUCUAUAGACUUUUAGGGUAAUCAGUUAAAUAAGUUAAAAAACUUUACAUGUGGUGAACAUCAUUUUUGUAUCUACUUUGAAGGCAUAUUGAGGAAAACAGCUUCAUAUUUAACGAAGCAUAUUCAAAACGCUUGUCAUUCAAAAACAUUGAUUCAUUCAAAAAAAUAAACCAUUGUUUUCAUGAAAGAGUCAUUGACUCAUUUUCUCAACAGUUUCAAAACAAUGAUUUGGCUCUGUGCGCAUUUGCAGUUGCACAACAUAUGUUAUACUUCAUUUGCAAUUAUUUUCAUUGUCGGGACAAAUAUGGACAAAGUAACUGGAAUUUUCUGCAUGUAAAAAUGUAAGUUAUAUUAUAUUAACACUUUGUUUAUUUAAUUGUUGUAAGAAAAGCUAUAUCAUACUUGCACGGCCGCAGCAGCUUUGCUCUUGUGAAAUUGCAUAAAUCUCACUUAAAGGGGUGGUUGAUUGCGAUUUCACUUUUUUAACGUUUUGCAAACGGAGGUAUCGUCUUUUAAAAGAAUGGCAUUUUAAUGCCUACAAAAAUGGUUCGUAGGGACUACAACAAGUUACUUCCCGGGUUCGUGACGUAACAAAUCCAGAUAAACCCCGCCCCAGGGAACACGCAGCAAAGGAAAUGAGGCCAUGCUGCGCUGCUUUAGAGAAGAGAAAACUAGGGGUGCACGUAAAAAUCUAUUCAUAUAUGAAUCGCGAUUCUGUCUUCUAACAAUUCUAAUGGAUUCACAAGUUUCAAAAUCAGUGUUCUAAAGCAGCGGUUCUUAAUACUAUUCCUCGCGUCGCCCUGCUCUGCACACACUCUUCAUCUCUCUCACUCAUUCAGAUUCAUUCAAGCUUUAAUUAGGAUAAAACUGUAUAUUAAAAGCUAACAGAAGCAGUAGCAUUCACAAAUAACAGCGUACAUAAAAGUAUGAGACAACAACAAACAAACAUGUCAUUAAGAACCAUGCUUGGCACAGGUUCUGUGCGAUCCUCUUCACUAAUAUCCUCUGCAUCUCAAUCGGGCUCAAACUGAUGAGCAAUAUUGACGAUGCCAUUAUUUACAAUACAACCGGAGCACAUGCCGCUGAGCUGAGGGGCGGGACGUUUAGAUGCGCACUAGAGGCGGUUUAGCCAAUCACAACACACUGGGCCAGCUAACCAAUCUUAGCCCAUUGCGUAUUUCUGAGGGAGGGGCUUCAUAAAAGCAGGAAAUGAUCAGCGUGUUUAUCAGAGAAGGGACAGAGCAGUGUAGAAUAAAAAAAUCAAAGCAUGAAAACAUGUUAGACUACAUCCCAUAAACACAAUCAAGCCUAGAAAAAAAAACAGUCAACCACCCCUUUAAAAUCAUGCUCGCAGUAUCAUAUGGCCCAAAAAAAUACACAUUCGAUUUGUGAACAAUUGAAAUAAAUGCACAUGUCAUGGUAUGUACACCUGUCGUGUGUCAGACGCCUUGUUUUCAUCUGCUUACAUGCCGCAGACCUUUCAUAGUUGAGAUAUAACAUUUGCUAUUGCACUGUUCUCAUCAUACAGCAGCCAACGGUUUAUUUAUUGCUGUGUACGAAACUAAAUAGCUGGGCAAAUAGACUUUAGUGGGAUGCUAUUUUCUUUUUGCUUGCGACAUCAAUGUAGUCCGAGUGAUGGUUGUUUUAUUGUUGUUGUUUUUUUUCCAUGGCACUCUUCAGUUCUGUGUUAUUUAUGCCUUUUUACCGUCCAAAUAAUUAAUCAGCUCCGACACAACAGGAAAAGAAACAGCUUUUAAUUACUUAUGAUGAAAUAACAAAUUAUGUUGGCCUUGUUCCCAAAAAUACUGGAGCCAGUGCAUGGUAAUUCAUUACAGGGAGAGAGAGACAGUGUGGGAGGGAGACAUGGGGCUGUGAGAUAUGAGCUCUGUUCGGAUGAAAUCAAUACACAUGCUUUGUUCAUGUGUGUGUGUCGGCGUUUGUCUGUGUUAUUGCAUGAGAUCCUUUGCGAUCCAUCAAUAUCUGUUCAAAAGGUUGAGUGUCAGGCCGCAAUGGACGCACUGAUGCACUUACAUAUCAACAAACACUAAUGCGUUAGACACCUGUAGUAUAUUCUUGUAAAUUAGCUAAAUUUAUCAUCCUCCACCCUUGAUUUUAAUUACUUUUAUCAAUCCCGUUUCAUUUUUUGGUUUGAAUUUGAAGUACAGGAAAGAGAAAAACCCAGUAGGCUGCCUACACAGGCAGCUGUCUUCUAAGGUGGCAUCAUAACUGUGAUUAAACCUCAUAAAUGAAUGAUUUAGGAUGCUCUGCUUCACUGAGUACAUACUCCUUUUGAAUAAUUACUUCGCAACCAUUAAAAAAGUAUGUUCUGUAGUAUGAAUUUAAUCUGGACGUACUACAUUCAUCAUGUUGUCAUUGUAAUGUGACCUACCAGCCUCAGUUGUCUCUCCUCACUGCCAUUCACAAAUCUUCUCCUGUGGCCUCAUGGGAUAGCCUAAGCCUAUAAUAAAUACAACGCAAUGCAAAUAUACUGGGUAAAAAUAUUUGGUUUAAUUUUCAGUAUUGAAUGAAAUAUGGGUUUGUUUAUUAUUGAUAUCUUCUCACUUCGUCUGCUAUUAUGGAUCCCCCCCCCCCCCCAUUGAGUUUGUUACAUUGCAUUCUGGGAUUGUCUUAUCUGCAAAGUAUGCAAUGUUAUCUUAGUAUUUGGUUCAAAUGAGGUGUCUCAUAGUAUUGCUUAUACUGUACCUUUGAAAACAGCCUUCACCUUAAAAUGCUGCCUCCGUAGGCAGCUCACUAGGUUUUGGAAAGGAACAUUUGUGUUUAUACACGUUGGGUUCGGUGGAUGGACACAAAUACGCUCAGGGUUUUGUUGACAUGCAGAGACCUCUGUUUUUCAUUGCCACCCUGUGAGCCUGUUUUCAGGCAAGCGAAGCGAAAUUCUUCAGAAAUGAAUUCUCACCGAGUCGGUAGUGAACUGGAUUUCCCAGAAGACUUCCUGCGUCUCCGGGUUUCAGUUCUACUCUUGACCACAGAGGGGAACACUCGGAAUGAAAUUAGACACUUCCCCGCAGAGAACCACAACCUCUAUCAGAUAGAUAGACACAGAGAGAAUGGACUUUAGGUGGAAGGAAAAAAGAAGGUUAGAUGUCAUUUCAAAAGAACAGUUCAUCCAAAAAUUAAAUUAAAAUUUUCUUUCAUUAUUUAUUCACUCUUAUCUCUUCUCAGACCUUACUUAAAGAAAACUCUUAGCACUGUUUUCAUUUGCAUGCAAUUACAAUAAAUGGUGAUUAAUUCUUUGAAGCUUCAAAAACGAUGGAAAAGCACAAUAGAAGUACCAUAAAAGUGAUGCUUAUACCUUUUUCUGCAGGUCGUCUGAAAUCAUACAACAUACUUUCUGUGAAGAAACAGACCAAAAUUUAAGUAUGUAUUCAUUAAAAUGCUUAAAAAGUAGAGAUUUUUCAGUUCUAAAUGAUUCUUCCACAAAUUGGUUCUCGAGUUCAACUCAGUGAUUGAAUUAAGUGAAUAACAAAUUAGUUUCUCUCACUUGUGGCUUCAUAAGACUUCACCACUUUUAAGGUGCUUUACGAUUCUGUUUUUAAAACUUCAAAGAUUCAUUCCUUAUUUAUUGUAACUGCAGAAGUGCAACUAUCCCAUUUUUCAGAGUAAAUGCUUUUGAGCUCCACUGAAGAAAGAAAAUCUGAAGACUGUCACUUUAAGAAAAAGAGAAAGGUUGAUGGGAAAAGUGUCAAACAGAGGCAUCAGACACCUCUGUGGUUGCAGUGAAACCCCUCCUGCUCAGCCACAGCUGUACAUGGAGACCCCCAGUUGGGCAGAAACCAAACCAGGAAACGGGUUGUGUAAAACAGGAAGCAUUGCUCUCUUUGGAAACGUAGUGUACAGUGGGCUGCUGAACGAUCACUUCUGGCAUUUCGGGGUGCCCCUUGUCACAAGACUGGGUAACCAAGAGGCCCCUGCUCCCCCAGAAGCCAUGGCUCAGCCGUACGCUCCAGCGCAGUAUCCUCCCCCUCCACCUCAGAACGGGUUGCCUGGCGAAUACACCCACCCUGGGCAGGACUACACGGGGCCCAGUCCGGUCCCUGAGCACGCCGCAGCCCUCACUAUCUACACACCCACACAGACACACAGCGAGCCACCUGGCACUGACAGCAGCACGCCUUCCCUCACAGGGACUAGCAGCAUACCACAAGCGGACGAUGUGGCGCAGACAGACGGCUCUCAGCAGCUUCAGCUCCAGCCCUCAGACUCUUCGGAGAAGCAGCAGCCCAAACGGUUACACGUCUCCAACAUUCCCUUCCGCUUCCGUGACCCAGACCUCCGGCAAAUGUUCGGGCAAUUUGGGAAAAUUUUGGAUGUGGAAAUUAUUUUUAACGAGCGGGGUUCUAAGGGUUUUGGUUUUGUAACUUUUGAAACAAGCAUAGACGCAGACCGCGCACGGGAGAAAUUAAACGGUACAAUCGUAGAGGGACGCAAAAUUGAGGUAAAUAAUGCAACGGCACGAGUAAUGACAAACAAAAAAGUGGCCAACCCAUAUACAAACGGCUGGAAGCUGAAUCCAGUGGUGGGAGCUGUCUAUGGUCCUGAAUUUUAUGCAGUGACAGGCUUCCCCUAUCCCACCACAGGGGCGACGGUGGCUUACAGGGGCGCCCACUUGAGAGGCAGAGGUCGUGCCGUCUACAACACGUUCCGCGCCGUGCCUCCACCCCCUCCCAUUCCUGCUUACGGAGCUGUGGUCUACCAAGAUGGCUUCUACGGUGCUGAGAUCUAUGGUGGCUAUGCAGCAUACAGAUAUGCCCAACCGGCCGCAGCAGCUGCAGCGGCCUACAGUGACAGCUAUGGCAGAGUCUAUGCAACAGCAGACCCUUAUCACCACACGAUUGGACCUGCAGCCACGUACAGCGUGGGCACUAUGUAAAUAUAAAGAAAGAAGACAAUGGAGAAGAGCAUCAGCUAAAAAGGAACAAAAAGGAUAAAGGAGGAAAAGUGUCAAUGAAAAAAAAAAACAUACAAAAAGAAGUUAAGAGGAAAUCCUUACACCGAGGCUGUCAGGAGAAGGCAUUAUAUAUCUCUGUGGGGACGUGAGACUGAAGCAGCCAAGCUGUGGAUGAAAAGAGGGCUUAGCUUUCACCUGGGACAGCCUUUCGGGGUGGAGGAGAAGAGGAGAGGUCGUCAUAAAACUUUUUAUUUUUCUAAACUUUUUUAAGUUUAUGGUUUCAAAAAGAUGAAAAAGAUGAGUGUAUAUAUCUAUAUAGCGAUAUAUAUGUAUGUAUAAAUAUGUUACAAAAAAAAGCGAAGAAAAAAAAUAGUACAAAACUAGCAACAGAGUGAUGAAUUAGUGCUGUAGGAGGGGGGAUGGGGGGUGUACAUGUUGGUCCUUCACAACCCCCACCCCCCUCCCACCGCAGACCUCCUUGUCCGGCCUGAGCUAGGAGGGUCAAGGAGGCCGGGCACAGAGGCUGAAGACCCACCAGACACGAUUCCAUGUGGCCCCUCUUCAUCCAAAGCCUUUGAAUAUAUGGCACAGCUGGGUCUUCCAUCAGUAGGUUUUUGUCGUGGGUUGAACUGCAUCGCUUCCUCGGGGGAAAAGGCCUUUAGUCGCGAACACAGGGAGCUGUUAUUCAUCCCGUCUAGAUGUAGGCAGACAAACUUGCAUGGGACUCCAAAUUUCAGUCUUACAGUACAUCAGGUCGCUAUUCAGGUGUCGCAUGGAACGGGGCGAGAGAAGACACUGUAAAUAAACCACCAGAGCCCAGUCGGUCUGAAGUAGGGAACGCGCUGUCAUCCCGCUGUUGUUUGUAGCACAAUACGAAAUGGCCCGCCGGCAGGUUUUACUGGGAUGUGUGCGUGUUGCGUGCGUGCGUGCGUGCGUUCUUGUGUGCGAGCGGUUACGGGCGGAAGGGGGCUUUAUAGAGUCGUGUUGGGUCGCGGCGGCCCCGGAGCCCAGGGCUACCAAAAAGCAUUUCAUUGUAGUGUUGUGGAGGUGGCCGUGCUGUGUAGUAAACACUUUUGUAUGUGGUGUCAUGAGGCUACAAAUUAAGAAAAUUGGAGCUGUCUUCUCGGUAUUGUCACGGGAGUUUCACUAUCCAUCUUGAAAAUGGGUUCCUGCCCGCUGUGAGGUGGAAAACGACGUGGCAGUUUAGUCAUAGGGUUGCGAGCAAAGUUUUAUUAAAAAUCGAUUACCUUUAUACUUCUAAUGAGCUCCAUUUCAGUGACACAUCCUUAUAUAUUUAAACGUUGUACUAAUUACAUGCUGCUCAGCGUGGUCAAACGUCGAUUGUAGCCAUUUACUAAUGUUGUAUUAUUGUAUUACCAGUAUGAAAAACAUUUAUAUAUGGAUAUAUCUAUUUGUGACUUUGCGACCCUUCAAAAAGGAUUGUACCUUUUUUUGUUUCUCGAUGGUGGUCCAGGUUUCUUUUUGGCGGCGAUUUAUGCAAGUACUGAGAGAUUUUCACUUGUGUGGCGUUGUUUCUGUUCGUCUGUAUCUUUGGUUCAGCUAUUGAAUGUAAUUCAACUUUUUAUGUACAUGUCUUUGUUUUUUAAGCAGUACUUUGUAAAUGUGGACACGGUAAACCCGAGUCUUCGUUCUGAAGCCGGACCCGACGGAGAUAUUGUACGGUCCAGCUGACACCUCUCUUUUAUAACAGGAGCACUCCAGCUGGCCGACGGACAUUAUCAUGACCCUGCAGGACAAUGGCAGAAAAGACAUAAAACGACUGGAUGAGACAGAGCAGAAUUAUGCUCUUUGGUUUUUAUCGACAACCACUUUCCUUUGUUUUGUUUUGUUUUAUUCUUUAUGCAAAUGGUGAACAGUUGACCCACGUUCAAAAGAGGUGUCACUCUAUAAUCGAUGUUGUUAAAACGGCAGUAUGUUAUCCUGGGAAAGAAAUGCACUGUAAAAAAAAAAGCAAAAAAAAAAAAAAUUGACAUGUGCUUCUUUUGAUAACAUCUAAAUUUACCGGUUUUAUUCAGGUCAGCAUUUUCAUAUUUAACAGGACUGAAUCAACCUGACUACAUUAGGCAACACCGGUGAAAGCGAGUGGGUCAGAUCAGGAAGAAACUCGUCUAUGAAAUAACGACUGCACGAUUUCAUGCUUUUUACAGUGUGUAGUGAGAAGGAAUGGUACAUUUAACAGUUAGCCCACCUCAACAGACAGCAUUCCCAAGCUUUGCAAAAUCAUGCGCUUCCUCGGACUCAGGUGUUACAUGACAGAACUGACGUGUUCCCUUCCAUAGGUAAUGAUGUUACUCUUCCUUGCUGCAUUUUUCCUCUCAGAACAAAACUUUAUUUUCUACAAAGCUGGUGACUCCUAUCUCAGCGACUGUACUACUUUGUUACCCGAAGGAGCGUGGAGAACAGUUCGCCGGGUCAGAUAGCGACGGGAACUUCGGUGAAGACGUGUUGUUUCAGGGACUCUAAAAACCGAGUGGCGGAUUCUGCUCUGGCAGAGAUUGUGACUGAACAACCUAACAAAAAGAUGUCAAUUCUACAGAGAUCCGAGACCUCUGGGUUUAUUUCUUUGCUUUAGUCCGUACGAGACAUUACUUGUUUACAUGUCCUGGUUUUUUCGACCCUGCUGUGAGGUAUAUGUCAGCUUUUGCACUGUAUUCUUUGGCUUGUUGUCUUCCCUCUUCUCUCUGUUUCAGCCCAUUAACCUGAGCACCAAAGUCAUUCGCCGUCUUCCUCGACCCAAAGCAGAGAACCAAUGCAAACUGUAGUCUGCUUAUAGUCUAUUGUCAGAACUACGAUGAAACUCAAGCGCAUGUAUCUGCCACUUGUUCCUCCAUCCGAAACGUCCUUCAAAUCUACACUGGUCGUCUGCUCUAGAUAUUAGGGCAGGUGUAAGACCAGCUAUGCAGCUCACCUGUGUCUGCACAGUUCCCUUGAACUUCAUUCAAACACAGUCAAGCCAAUGGAAAUGACAAACUUAUCUUGGCAAUUGCUUUUCCCAACACAAAAAAGGAAAAAACGAACUCCUGCCAACAUGAUUUUCCUCACCGUCAUUGCCGAUCCCCGAAGCACAAGAGUUUGAAUGGAAGUCAAGUUAGUUGUCUCAGUGAUAGUUACCCUCCAUGUAGUGUGUAUGGUGUGCGUGUGCUUCCAGCCCCUUUGUUUUCUACUGAAAAUAUACAAAAGCUACUUCCUCUGUCAUCUCAAUAUAAAAUGUAUUAUAUUAAAGGUUCUCUUCAUGUGCAACACAAGCUCUACGCAACAAACAAAUCUAUCAUUUGGGGUUUUCUUUUGUUUGUUUUCAUUUUCUUUCAUUCUUUUUCAAAUUUUGAAGUUGUUCCAAAUACAUAAGCGUGAAAAAAAAAAAAUAAAGAAAAAAAAAAGAAACCAAUAUAAAGUAUUCUAUUUAAAAUUAAAUGACAAAACUUCUGCUGUCCUGGAUCUGUACUCUAAAUUUCAGUUUUUCUUUCUGUAUGCAUCCAAUGUGCUUCAAACAACCAGUACUGUUUAUUAAUGAAAUCAUUAUAUUAUUAUGAUUAUGAUUAUUAUUAUUACUAUCAUGAUUAAUAUGGUUAUAAAUAAAUAUUUCUUUCUUCAAUAACAGAGACUCAAAUC